CACGGUCAUCUUCGUCUGUUCUCCCAUGUUUGUUAGAGUCUGAUAACGAGAUGACCUCACUUGCCGUCAGAAUAGACUCGGAAAUCAAAAUGGACGAUUCCCAUCUAUAGACUCGUCGGAAAAUAAGGUGGCUGGAUGAGUAAUCCAAGUACAAGACCUCUUUAGCUUCUCUCCGCUCAUCAGUCAUGUCGUCCUUGGUCGCUCUCAUCCUUGGUGCAGGCCCCAACGUUGGCCACCACGUCGCCAAAGCUUUGCAGUCCCAGAAAUACAAGGUCGCUUUGGGCUCUCGCAAUCCAGACGUCGAUAAGCUCAAGAAGGACGGCUUCUUCCCCGUCAAGGUCGAUGUCACACUGCCAGACAGCGUCUCUGCCGCGUACAAGACAGUCUCCACCGAGCUCGGGACCCCCAACGUAGUCGUAUUCAACGCCGCUGCUUGGCGCCGUCCCGAGAUUGAAACCGAUCCUCUCUCCUUGCCUUUGGAAGACUUCAAGCGGACCAUGUCAGUACCCACCAGCGUAUACAGCGUGGCUCAGGAAGCGCUGAAAGGAUUCCGGUCCUUCUCUUCUGGCCCAAAGGCCUUCAUCAUAACCGGCAACGUCCUCCCUUUCCUCCCUCACGACAACCUAGCCUUAUAUGAUCUCCAAACGCUGAAAGUGGUGGAAGCUCAUCUUGCAGAGGUAUUCUGGAAUGCGUAUAUCAAGGAGGGGAUAAGAUUCCAUUAUGCCCUCCUGGUUUCGCAGGAGGGCACCCUCCCGGAUUAUAGUGACUUCAAGACAAGCGGGCCUGCCCAUGCUACGGCGUAUUGGGAGAUCAUCAGUAGCGAGAAGCCCAAGGGCUGGGAUUAUCGAUUCACGCUUGAUGGGAAGAAAUGGAACAAGGCAAACUAA